CUUCCCCUUGGAGGAAAGGCUCGGCUCUCAGCGCGCCCCUCCCGUUCUCCCCCCCAAAAAGUUGGAGUCGCCGCAGCUGGGUUGCCAGCGGAGUCGCGCGCCGGGAGCUACGUAGGGCAGAGAAGUCAUGGCUUCUCCGUCCCAAGGCAAUGACCUGUUUUCAUCCGAUGAGGAGGGCCCGGCGAUGGUGGCUGGGCCGGGCCCCGGGCCUGGGGUGGCAGAGGGGGGCGCCGAGGAGCGUCGCGUCAAGGUCUCCAGCCUACCCUUCAGCGUGGAGGCGCUCAUGUCGGACAAGAAGCCGCCCAAGGAGCCGUCGCCGCUGCCGGCCGAAAGCGCCUCGGCCGCGGCCACCCUGCGGCCACUGCUGCUCCCCGGACACGGCGCCCGGGAAGCGCACAGCCCUGGGCCGCUGGUCAAGCCCUUUGAGACCGCUUCAGUUAAGUCGGAAAAUUCAGAAGAUGGAGCGGCAUGGAUGCAGGAACCCGGCAGAUAUUCACCGCCGCCAAGACAUAUGAGCCCUACUACCUGCACCCUGAGAAAACACAAGACCAAUCGGAAGCCACGUACACCCUUUACCACGUCUCAGCUCCUUGCUCUGGAGCGCAAGUUCCGCCAGAAACAGUACCUCUCCAUUGCAGAGCGUGCAGAGUUCUCCAGCUCUCUGAACCUCACAGAGACCCAGGUCAAAAUCUGGUUCCAGAACCGACGGGCCAAGGCAAAAAGACUGCAGGAGGCCGAACUGGAAAAGCUGAAAAUGGCUGCGAAACCAAUGCUGCCCUCCGGCUUCAGUCUCCCUUUCCCCAUCAGCUCACCCCUGCAGGCAGCAUCCAUAUAUGGAGCAUCCUACCCUUUCCAUAGACCUGUGCUUCCCAUCCCGCCCGUCGGACUCUAUGCCACGCCAGUCGGAUAUGGCAUGUACCACCUGUCCUAAGGAAGACCAGAUCCAUAGACUCCACGAUGGAUGUUUGUUUCAAAGGGUUCCCUCUCCCUCUCCAAGAAGGCAACACCAGCCCAGUACUCCUGCUCUGCAAACCCUGCAUGAAUCACCCUAAGCGGCUAGGCGGACAGGGCCACACAACAUAGUUGAAAUUUGUGCUUUAGGUGGAGGCACUGAGCCCUGUUUGCUUGGUGUAAUCAUCCAGAUGUCCCCAACUCCUUUCACAAAGAUUGGCUCUGAUGGUUUUUAUAUAUAAAUAUAUAUAAUAAAAUAUAAUACAUUUUUAUACAGCACAUGUAAAAAUUCAAAUUAUUUUGAAAAGUGAAAUUUAUAUAUCUAUAUAUACUUUUUCUAUAUAUCAUCUCUGUUUAAGUCCAUAAUAUUUUCUUAAAGGGGGAGACAAAUUGUUUGUAAAAUUUGUUAAACUUUGGCAAUUUUGAUAAUUGUUAGACACAAUGCACAUAGAAAGUAUUAGAUAUGGAGACAUUCUUCAAUGUGAAGGGAACACAUCACACUUUUGCAUUAUUUUCAUUAAAAGAAAUGUUACUAGAUACUACCAAAUUUGGCCUUAUUCACCCCUCCCCCCUCAUUGUUGAACUUUUGCCUUUUUUUUUUUUCCUGCUAAAAUCAGUAAUGGGGAUGAGAAGAAUCCAGAGAAUGCCUGGGGCAAGGUGAAAAUGGGAAAACUUCCUAAUUCUUCUCAAGGCUGUUAACUUCAUUUCAGAUAAUUGGAGGGUGAAAAGUUAAAGCCCAUUGGGAGGAAUUGAUGGUUUCUGUGAAAUACUAGGUAUGUUCAUCCUUACACAUAGCAAUGGUGGUUGGGGGUACGGGUAGUAAUUUUCUUCUUCAAAGAGAGUAUCUUGUAACUGUUACCUGUGUGCUAAAUAUUCUCGAACAAUUAAUAGAUCCAGAAAGAAAAAAAAAAUGCUUUCUCUGUGUGUGUACCUAUUGUAUGUGCUAAACUUAUUAGAAAAAUUUGUACUUUUUAACAUGUUGGGGGCAGAGGGUAAAACCAUGUUUUGACUUGCUUAAAAUGGUGUUGUCAAACAGCCCAUUUAGCUCCCUGGCAUUUCACUUCCUAUCCAUCUGUCCCCUCCCUCCAAUAUACUUUUAUCCCUUUGAAAGGGUGCCUUGUACAAUUUUAUAUAUUUUAUUGAAGAGUUAUUUCUUAUCUCAUUCUGAAUUAAAUUAAACAUUUGUUUUAUUGCAGUAAAGUUUGUUUAAAAUCAAAAUUA